UUUCGUUUCUAAUUUCAUUGCUUAUUUUGAAUUAUAGCUGAGAUAGUCAAUGUCAUUGUAGUGAUAGACUGAAAUCGUGUUGGACAUAACAUACUAAAAAUCUUAUUUAUAAGUAUUAUCAUUUUCUGGUGAUGAGAUAGUCAAUGUCAUCGCGGAUUGGUGAAGAGAUGGGUUGAAAUCAUGUAGGACAUAACAUACCAGAAUUCUGAUAUACUAGUAUUAUUAUUUUCUGGUGAAACAUGGCAUCAAAAGAUUCAAACAAGGAUCCGGCAUCAAUAGAUUCCUUCAAGGAUCCGACAUCAAAAGAUUCCAUCAAGGAUCUGGCGUCAACAGAUUCCAUCAAGGAUCCGGCAUCAAAGGAUUCAAACAAGGAUGCGGCGUCAAAAGAUUCAAACAAGGAUUCGAAAGCAUCAGCUGCUGAGAAAAGGAAACGAUUUGCUACAAUGUCAAAAAUUUCAACCAACGUCUUCAAAGAAAUAUUGAAAUAUAUUGCAGAUAAAGCACACAUUCCUUCAACUUUAGCUUAUGAAAUACUUGGCAAUAUCAAACCUGAUCUUACAGACAGACAGAAAGAAACAUUAAAAACUUUAUUGACAGACGGAUACAAGAAAUGUGACACUGAUCUUCUUUUUAAGAUAUUGCGAACAAUUCUGCAUUCUGAAAAGACCGAUUGUGUCCGUAGUCAAGAUGAACUAGGGGUCUUGGUUAUCAACGACAUUGAGCAUAUGAAUUCGAUAAGGAAUCACAUAUUUCAAAGAACAAAAGAAGAAAUUUCAAAAGAUGAAGACAAAAACAUCUUACAGGAAAUACUACAUGUGGUGAAACAUAUAGAUGAGUUUUUGAACAGGAAACAACAAAAUAGCUUUUGUAUGAAAAUUGAGAGACUUUCAAAGGGAAAAAUGAGUGAAAAAGAAAAAAAUGAAUUUGUCAAGGCAGGACUGAAAGUAGAAGAAUUAAAAUUAUUGCAGACAGUGGUGGAAGAUAACGUUACAAUUCGCCUUUAUGGUGGAAAUAAACUUAACACUUACAUUGACAAAGAUGAGCAUUCAGAUUUCAGGAACAUCAGCUUAGCAGCGAAGAUAAUUGGCUUGAAAAAAGAAAAAAGUUACAAAAUUUCCGAGUAUAUUCAAGAGAUUUGCCAUGAUAUCAACGAUGAAUACCAGGAAGCAAUAAAAGAGGAUCACGCUUUGCGCAUUGGUGAUGUUCAAAAGAAAAAUUGCAUUGUCAAUGCAAUAGAGAUAAUUUUAAAACGGGUUUUGGUCAAAUUCAUAAAUUACUGGAAUUUGGCAACAGAAGAAAGCAAACGUAUGGCAUAUGUAGAUGUUCUACUUUUCCCGGAAGAGAUUUUAGAAGAGCUUUCCAGUGAACAAAAUGGUCUUGGGCUGAAGUUAAAUCUCGAGAUGAACACUACUGGAAGUAUUACAGACAAUAGUAAUAUAUGUGCUUUGUCUGUUGAAUUUAGCGACAAGGAAGAUAAUGAAACUACAGAAAACGCAAUGUUUGACAUACGUCUUACCUCGUCAAUUGAAGUUUUUGAUACGAUCGAAAUGAUGAACAGAAAACGUUAUUCUAGAUUGUCGUUCGUUGCAACCGAUGUGUUCACAGAUAUUUUGAGGAAUGUCGCUACUGAAACUCAAAUCCAUCCAACUGAAGCAUACGAGAUAAUAGAAAAAUUGAAAAUUCAUCUCACCUACAAUAAGGAAGAAAAAGAAACUUUAUUGACUGAUGGGUACAGGAAAUGCGGUUUCGUACUUCUUUGCAAAAUUCUUCAGGAAUCUUUGCAUCCCGGGAAACCAUGUCAAGGACAUGCAGCAUAUAGAUCAAAUAUAUCAGUUCGAGGGGACGUUGAACGUUUGAUGCUAAUUCGGAAUCAUGUGUUCCAUCGAGCUAAUGCGCAAAUAUCAGAAGAGGAAGACUCCGAUAUUCAGAAAGAAAUUCUAGAGGUAGUAAAACGGUUAGACGUUUUUUUUAAUAGGAAAGAAGGAAAAGCUUAUUCUCAGAAAAUAGUUGCACUUCUAGAGAUGAAGAUGUGCAAGUUAUUAGAGGAAAGAUAUUCCAAUGAGGGAAUAAAAAUAGAAGAAUUGAAAUAUAGAAUGUACUCAAAGUGUGAGACUAAUGGCGUAUUUAUCCGGCUUUAUCGUGGUAAACAGAUCAAUGAAUAUCUAUCAGAAGUUUUACAUGGAGAUGGGAGACCAAAGACCUUAAAUAUAACAGCAAAGAUAGUAGGAAUGGAACAGACAACAGCAAAAGAAAUUGUGAAGUACUUAAAUGAAACAUGUCGUCAGAUGAAUGGUAAAUUCAGACAGAGUGACAUAGUACUGUCCAAUGAAUCAAGCGAUGAAACAGAACGUUUAUUUUGCAGAGCUGUCAAUAUAGCAUUCAAGAAGUUCUUUACUGAUUUCAAAUACAGAACUCAUUUAAAGUUGUCAACGGAACGGCGCUUAAUAGUAGACGUUCUACUCUUUCCUGCUAGUAACUCUGAAGAGACUGUUACUAGUGAACAUUGCACUGCUUUGAAGCUAAAUGUCGAACUCAAUACGACAGGAAUUACAGAAGAUAGUGACGUUUUUGAUGCAACUCUAAUGUUCAAAAAGUCAGACGACGAACAAAGCAUCUCAAUAUGCCUACAUAUCCCAGUGAAAGUUUUUGAUUUGCAGGAAAUGAUGAACAGGAAACGUUAUGCUAGGAUGUCAUUCAUUGCUAUCGACAAAUUCACAGAUAUUUUGAAAAAUAUUGCAGAUAAAACCCACGUUGAACCAACGGCGGUAUACAGUAUUCUCACACAUUCCAAAGUUCAUCUGACUCCUGAAGAAAAGGAAACGUCAGAAACCUUAAAGACGGACGGAUAUAGAAAAUGUGGUCAUGAUCUUCUUAUAAAGAUUUUAAGAAAAAUUCUUCCUCCUACAAAGCAAGGUUGCAGACUUACACCACACACAUCUGAUAUUUCAGUCAGCGAUGAUGUUGAACGUAUUGGAUUGAUCAGGGAUCGCAUAUUUCAAAGAAUUAAUCCUGAGAUAUCAGAAGAAGAGGAAAAAGAAAUUCUAAAAGAAGUAUUAGAAGUAGUGAGGCGCAUGGAUGUGACUUUCAAAAAAGACAAGAAGAGCAGUUAUAAUAGGAUGAUCAUUCGACUUUCUGGAAGGAUAAUGAGCAAGGUCUUAGAGGAUAAUUAUGUUAUGGCUGGGUUAAAAGUAGAAGAACUACAAUGUAAAACAUCACAACACGGAAAUAAUGUGAUUAUUCGACUAUAUUGUGGCAGCCAGUUUUCAGGGAUGGAAUCGAAUAAUAUCAACGUAACUGGGAAGAUAGUAGGAUUAGAAGAGGCAAAAGCUAAGGAAAUAACCCAGUACAUAAAUGAAAAUUGUCAUGAAAUGAAUAAACCAUUCCUGAAGGGUGAAAAAGAAGCAUACAUCGCACAAUUAAGUUAUGUUACAAGAGAAGAUUUGCAAUUCCAAGCUAUCAAAACGUUCAUUAGUCAAUUUUUCAACACAUUUACAUACAGAUCUUACUUGCCGUUGUCAACAGACAAUCCCACAAAUAUAGAUGUCUUACUUUACCCAGCCAGUACAUAUACAGAUGACCAAAAUGACGAUUCAUUCAAGUUAAAUCUUGGACUGAACAUGGCUGAAAUUAUAGUUGAUAGAAAUGUUUUAGAGGCAACUCUAAAAUUUGUGGAAAUAAAUAUGUAUUUUAUUGGAAGUUAUGAAGCAUAUUUUGUAGAUGACCAAAAUGACGAUUCAUUCAAGUUAAAUCUUGAACUGAACAUGGCUGAAAUUAUAGUUGAUAGAAAUGUUUUAGAGGCAACUCUAAAAUUUGUGGAAAUAAAUGAAACAUCAAAUAGAAUGAACAUCUGCUUAAGGUUACCAAUUAUAGCAAUGGACACGUCGAAAAGGCUGAACAGGAAACGUUAUGCUAGAAUGUCAUAUAUUGCUAUCGAAUUAUUUACAAAUAUAUUGGAACAUGCUGCUCAAAUGGAAGUGCCAUCUGAAAUCCAGUCCAUAAGAUUGAUCAGAAAUCACGUAUUUCAAAGAACAGAAGCCGAGAUAGCAGAAUUAGAAGAAAAGGAACUAUUUCUGCAAAUAUUGAAAGUUGUUGAACGUUUGGACAAUUCUUUUCAAAACAGUCAGGAAAAUUCCUAUAAGGAGAAGAUUGUUCUGUUAUCACAGACAUACUUGAAUCAAGAUUUGGAGAUCGAAUUCGUGAAGAAAGGGCUAGAAAUUAAUGCAUUACAUUGUAAAAUGAUAACAAAGACAACAAACGUGAACAUCCGACUUUAUUGUGGUAAACAGUUUUAUGCUUAUGUUAAACAAGCAGAUUUUGAAUCAAUGAGCCUCAACCUGACAGCCAAGAUAGUAGGAAUAGAAAAUUCAGGAACGGAGGAAAUCGUCAAGUACCUUAAGAGUACAUGUAGUGAAAUAGAUGGUGCAUUCCUGAAAGGAAAAAAGGAGGGACGCAUUGUUCUUGCUGUUAAACAACAUGUCAAUGGAAUGGAAGAUUUGGUUUUAACAGCAAGUAAGAUGCUUUUAAAGCGGCUUUUAAUUGCGUUCAGGUCUCAUUUGCAGUGUGCAACUGUGAAAACAACAUGUGUAGAUGUGUUAGUCUUUCCUGAGAGUACCAUAACAGAUGACAGUCAUGGCAGCAACAACGAUGGAGAAUUGAAAUUAAAUCUUAGGUUGUUUACGUCCAGGAUUACAGAAGAAAAUGAAGUUUGUACAGCAACUGUAAAUUUCAUUAAAAAGAAAACAUCCUCGCCUAAAGACUACCAUGAAACUGAUAUCCACCUGAAAUUGCCAAUUAACACAAAAGCAAUUGAAUCCAGUGCUUCAUGUUCUUUCACCAUUCGAAAGGAAGUGCUUCGCUUCAAACCUUUGUCGGUAAAUAUACAGGAUUGUGUUAUGAUUGGCAAACUAAUAGUUCUUGUCGACAACUUGAAUGGCCGUUUGAUAAUAAAGAAUAUAGCAGAUGACUCAACUCGAUUCCAGCGGUUGUCUGUUUUCCCAUGGGGAAUAACUAAGAUUGAGAAUUAUACUGUCGGAAUUUCUUAUCCUUCCGAAAAAUGCAUAAAGAUAAUUGAUUUAGAAAAGGGUACCACAUGCCAAAUUAUUAAAGUUUCAGCACCAUGCUAUGGUAUAUCAAGUGUAGAUGGAAUGAUGUUUGCUAUUUGUGAUAACUACAUUAAGAAGAUAAGUCUAGACAAAACAGUUAACUGCGAUCUAAACAGCCAUUCUAUCUUCUGUGAUUUGCCGGCGUUGGAAGUUUACUAUUUGACCGUCAGCACAGAAAAGUUACUAUUUUCAGCUGAUGAUUCAGUAUACUGCUACGAUAUAAACGGUGUAUUUCAAUGGAUUUACAAAAUGAAGAUUCCGAAAAAUAUAACGACUGAUGAGGACGGUAAUGUCUUCGUUGCAGAUGCUGGAUCCAACGUCAUAGUACGUUGUGAUGGAAAACGUGCUGAAAAUCUUUUGACAAAAUCGGACGGUCUGAAUUUCCCAACUGGAGUUCAUUACGACAAACAGGGGAAAUGCUUACUUGUUUGUAACUUUUCAAACGGAAGAGCAUUCCUGUUUGAUAGAAAUUGACAGCGAAGCUUAAGUACUAGAUUAUUUAUUUUUUCACAAUACCACAAGAUGAAAUAUAUCUGCUACAUU